ACAAAAAAGAAACGAACUGAAACCGAACAAAGAUAGCGAGGUUGUCGGUGUGACAUUUUCAUGAAAGUGGCAAGGAGUUCGGUUUCAGUUACAGAAGGAAAAAGAAGAUGGGUCCUCUAACACCCACUCCAACAAUGGAUAUCAUCUAUGAUCUCAUUGAAGAGGCCAAGCUCCGUUUUCUAUGGUGGGCUCUUUGUAUAUUCGCCAUUUCCUAUUUCUUCACUCAUACAAGUAAAUCAAUGUGGAUGAAUCUUCCCAUGUCCAUUCUGUUUGUUGCUGCUCUGCGCAUUCUUCUGAACAAGGUGGAAUUCCAUUGGAAGGUUCAGCCACCUAGAUUACAGACUUACCUAUCUCAUUUGGAGAAAAAUCAACUGCCUUUGAAUGACGAACGCCUCUCUUCUUCACCUCCAACUCCCAAAUGGAAGAAGAAGAUUGAUUCUCCUGUUGUGGAGGCUGCCUUGAAUGAUUUCAUUGAUUUGAUAUUGAAGGACUUUGUGAUAAAUAUGUGGUACGCAGACAUUACUCCAGAUAUGGAGUUUCCUGAGCUGGUACGUGACUUAAUCAUGGAUGCUAUUGCUGAAGUGUCAGCGAGGGUUAAAGAGAUAAAUCUCGUUGACUUGCUCACAAGGGACAUAGUUGAUUUAAUAGGCGAUCACAUAGACCUUUUCAGAAGAAAUCAAGAUGCUAUAGGUGUUGAUGUUAUGUUAACCUUAUCUUCUGAGGAGAGGGAUGAAAGAUUGAAAUUCCAUCUGUUGAAUUCUAAGGAGCUUCAUCCAGCACUAAUAUCUCCAGAGAGUGAGUACAAGGUUCUUCAGCGGUUAAUGAGUGGAUUAUUAGCUACAGUAAUAAGAAAACGAGAAGUUCAAUGUCCUGUCAUUCGAUCUAUAGCUCGAGAAAUUGUAACUUGUUUGAUAGUGCAACCUGUCAUGAAUUUGGCUAGCCCUGCGUAUAUCAAUGAGCUUAUUGAAUCCCUUCUAGUUUUCCUUAAUGACGAGUGUAUAAAUUGGACGGGGGGCGGCGAUCAUUCAACUAAUACAACAAUUCAUAAUCAUGGUCAUUCUGGUGCUGCUGGGGGUGGACAUGAUAACCAUGCAUCCUCUUCUGAUUGGGCACAAAUGCUGGAGGCUGCAACUCAGAGAAGAACUGAAGUUCUUAUGCCUGAGAAUCUUGAGAACAUGUGGGCAAGAGGAAGGAAUUAUAGACGGAAACAGCAUAAAAAAACCAAAGUUGGCUUUCAGGACCCUUCUGUGAAAAAUCCUGCUACAGAUGCAAUUCCAGAAGGAAAGUCUUCUCUGCAUUAUGUGAGUUCAGAUCCCCUCCUAACUGCAGGAGGCACAAAUAGGUCAGAGUCUCCACCAGAUCAUGACAAGGAAUUGUCUUCUGAAGCAGAUCCACUUGAUGAGGUGAAGGAUAUGAAGGACUUCAGUUGUAAUAAAUAUAAGGAUCCGUUCAAGAGAUCUAGGAGUGCUUCUCUUGUGGGAAUCCAAACUUAUAAGGGAGGAUCUCCAAGGUCAGAGUUCCACACUGCUGAAUCUGAGAAACAUGGUGAAGGAUUUCGAGGAAAGAGUAGUUCUGACAUGGUUGUUAGAAGAGAGGCACAUGUUGUUCCCAAGCUUCGGUGCCGGGUGUUGGGAGCAUAUUUUGAGAAACUAGGAUCCACUUCUUUUGCUGUCUAUUCAAUUGCAGUGACUGAUGGUCAAGAGAAAACUUGGUUUGUUAGAAGAAGAUACAGGAAUUUUGAGCAAUUGCAUCGACAUCUAAAAGAUAUUCCCAAUUACGUGUUACAUUUGCCUCCCAAAAGGAUAUUUUCCUCAAGCACGGAGGAUGCCUUUGUCUAUCAGCGUUGCAUUCAAUUCGAUAAAUAUCUCCAGGACCUCCUAUCAAUAGCUAAUAUUGCUGAACAACACGAAGUAUGGGACUUUUUGAGUGUUUCCUCAAAGAACUACUCUUUUGGGAAAUCUUCUUCAAUGAUGAGGACCCUGGCAGUCAAUGUAGAUGAUGCAGUGGAUGAUAUUGUACGCCAGUUUAAAGGUGUUUCAGAUGGUUUCAUUCAAAAAGUUGUUGGUUCAUCAUCCCCUUCUACUGAAGGUUCUUCUACAUCAACCAGUAGGAACAUGUCCUGGAAUGUGGAUGAAAUGGAUAAAAGUAUUUCGAGGCAAAAUACUUUAGAGUGUGUAUUAAGCUCUGAUAAUGAGGAAGGUGAUGAGAAUAUUGAUAAAGAAGUAGCAGAAGACAAUGAGUGGAAUUCUGACAAUGAAUUGAGCUCAAAGGAUUAUUCACAACACCUAAUAAAUCAUGGUAGUGAAUCUAGUAACUUGGAUCUUGAUAGAAAACAUGAUGCAACAGUGGAAGCCAAGGUUGGCAAGGAUGUGCCAGCUACAAAUUUCAAUCUAGUUCCUGAUAAUUUGGAGGACGUUCCACCUGAGUGGACCCCACCUAACGUUACUGUCCCUAUUUUGAAUUUGGUUGACAAAGUAUUUCAGCUUAAGAAAAGAGGAUGGCUAAGAAGACAAGUGUUUUGGAUAUCAAAACAGAUAUUACAGGUGGUGAUGGAAGAUGCUAUUGAUGAUUGGCUCCUGAGUGAGAUUCAUUGGCUCCGCAAAGAGGAGACCGUUGCCCUAGGGAUUCGGUGGGUCCAAGAUAUCCUCUGGCCUGGUGGUAAAUUUUUUUUAAGAGUACAGACCCCUCAGGUGUUAAUUGGUGGCAGUGCAUGUGAUCAAAAGUCUUCAGCAACCAUAAGUGAAUCUGGUGGAAGCAGCAUCCCCAAAUCACAGUCAGGGUCUUUCGAGCAACAGCUUGAGGCUACUCGUAGAGCAAGUGAAUUGAAGAAACUGCUCUUUGAUGGAGCUCCAUCAGCCUUAGUUAGCUUAAUUGGUCAGAAGCAGUACAAACGCUGUGCCAGUGAUAUAUAUUACUUUAGUCAGUCUUCUAUAUGUGUGAAGCAACUUGCUUAUGCAAUACUUGAACUUCUACUUAUAUCCAUCUUCCCUGAGUUGCGGAAUGUUGUCAUUAGUGUUCAUGAGAAUAUGCACGUUCACCAGCCUGUAUAGAGUUUCCUUAACAGCCACUUGGAGUGGCCCCAGCUUAUGUUCAUGAGAUUGGGAAGACAAUGCAUGUAUUUUGUUGUAUGAUGCCAUUGUUAUGGUUAAGCUGGCUAGUAGUGAUUUUAUAAGCUAGAACAAGAGUCAUAAUUGAUGGGGGAGAGCUUAGGAAGUUGUUUUGUAAACAUAGAUUGUGUACAGAAGCAUUCAGUUUUGUGGACUCUGAAUGCUUUCUCAGUGUAUUUUUCCAUUCCACGGGAAUUUUGUAUCGUGGCAGACUCAUGAAACGUAUUACAAAAAAUCAGAUCAUUCCAUGUUGAAUUUUGUAAUGUUAGAAGAGAAAAAGGAUCGACACAAAAAUAGUUAUAGUAAGACCAACAUUAUUUGCGUAAGUUUCAUUAAUUUUACUUUUGUCUUUCUAUCAUAAUAUGAUGAUAUUAGUAUGUCACUGAA